AUGCAGAUUCUUCGCCAAUUGGCGCCUCCGAAAUGUACGCGGACAUCGCCUUUGAAUCUCCUCCCAAGGCUGUUUACGACAUCUUCGCGAUCACACGACGGUAUCGUAAGAUACGAUCGAGUGCCACCAAAACCUCCCCCACGAGUAGAUACACCUCAAUUGCUCCCACACCAUCUCUCGUACCAUUGGGAUACAACUCCUCCAACAAAGGAUCAACUAUUACAUGCCUCCAAAUUCUUUAAAUUCCGACCUCCAACCUUCCUCUGGUCAGCUGCGGAAUUCAAAAAGAUGGACUUCGGAGACAGUCCUGAGGUGUGCUUUUUAGGACGAUCCAACGUGGGGAAAUCGUCCCUUUUAAAUACUCUACUUUGCAAGCGGAUUGCACACACAAGUUCUAAGCCCGGACGAACUAAACUCAUGAAUGCCUUUGCAGUCGGUGGCGCGGAAGAUAAUGGCAAGAAUCGAUUGGUUGUGCUCGAUAUGCCGGGUUACGGAAAGGGAGGAAGAUCAGAAUGGGGGACAGAAAUCUUGAAAUAUCUCGGAAAGAGAAGACAAUUAAAGCGAGCAUUCCUUCUCCUGGACGCUUCACAUGGAAUCAAGAAGAGUGAUAAACAAAUCAUUGAGCUUUUCAAAGAACGUUCGGUUCCCUACCAAAUCAUAUUCGCGAAAGCCGAUCGAAUUUUAUUUGUUGGCAGUCGUCGUGAGCCUGGAAAAUGGGUUAUGCAAAAUCGAAUCAACCAGUUGAGGAAAGCUAUGGAAGCCGUGAAGGAUAUCGUCCAGCCCAGUCCUGAGGAUGAUGUACUUGGUGUUGGAGAGGUGUUAGCUUGCAGCUCCGAGAGAUGGGUCAACGGGGAAAGAAUGGGCAUUGACGCUGUUCGGUUUGCCAUGUUGCAAGCAGCAGAUCUGCAAUCGGAACGACGGACUCGUCUCGUUAGGCCGGUGGAGACGAUACCGUUUGAAGAGAUUUACAAGUAG